CUUUGAGCGAGACAUCCCAGUGCGUGGAAGUCUAGAAAGUCCCGAAACUCUUCCAAGAAGAUUGAGAUUCUCAUAUUAAACUUGAUGGUGGACAAUAAAGGAUGUUUAUUGUGUCCGCUGGAUUGGAAUACACUUUUUUCUUCUUGUAUAAUGGGAUUAUAUAGGCUACUGAACUAAACAGGAGUAAUGGAUACAUUAUACUCUGUAAGAGGCUUUAAAGUCGACUGUCAUCUCUAACAAGGCUAUCCUUCACAACCUGAAUGAAUUGGCAGAGGGAUUUGUAGCCAAGAAUGUCAGCAGUGAUCAGCACCCAGAACUCGUACCCACCCUCACACAGGCUGUCAGUACGGACCACUGAUGAUGACAUAGAGAGACUCGAGAAUGGAAACAGCAGGGUGCCCUCUCUGUGUGAAGACACUUCUUCUGAGCUGCAGCGAGUCAUCUCCAUGGAGACCAGAGGGCUUUCCGAGUCCCGCAGGAGUUCUUUCACAGGCAGAGGAGCAAUGGCCAGGCUUUCUCAGUUUAUUAUUUCUUUGAGAAGUUGGGCAACACGGCAUUUGGAUCAUGAAGACCAGAGACCAGAUUCUUUUUUGGAACGUUUUCGAGGUCCAGAGCUCAAAGAGGUUUCCAGUAGAGGAAGUAAUGCUCAGUCAACAAUGGGGAACCCAGAUCAGCUUGGCAAAAUUAAAAAGAAGAAAAAGGAAGUGCUAGUCAUUGAUCCAGCAAGCAAUCUGUAUUACCGAUGGCUGUCCAUAAUUGCAGUUCCAGUAAUGUAUAAUUGGUGCUUGCUUGUGUGCAGAGCCUGCUUUGAUGAACUUCAGACAGACUACAUUGUUUUGUGGAGAGUCCUAGAUUAUUCAGCAGACAUAGUCUAUGCUGUAGACACCUUUGUGAGAUUCAGAACAGGUUUUCUUGAACAAGGACUGCUUGUUAAAGACUCAAAGAAGUUACGAGAAUACUACAUGAAGACCCUGCAGUUCAAGUUUGAUGUACUCUCAAUGGUGCCAACUGACAUAGCUUCCAUUAAAGUUGGCAAUAACUACCCUGAACUGAGGUUUAAUCGUCUCUUAAGAUUUGCCAGGAUGUUUGAGUUCUUUGAUCGUACAGAAACAAGAACCAAUUAUCCCAACAUUUUUCGAAUUGGCAACCUUGUCCUGUACAUUCUUAUUAUUAUCCAUUGGAAUGCAUGCAUUUAUUUUGCAAUUUCUAAAUCUAUUGGAUUUGGGACUGACACGUGGGUAUAUCCCAACAUCAGUCACCCAGAAUAUGGUCGUCUUGCCAGAAAGUACAUAUACAGUCUUUAUUGGUCAACCCUGACGUUAACAACUAUUGGUGAGACACCACCUCCAGUGAAGGACAUAGAGUAUCUGUUUGUGGUAUUUGACUUUCUGGUAGGAGUGUUGAUCUUCGCCACCAUUGUUGGUAACGUGGGUUCCAUGAUUUCGAACAUGAAUGCUUCCAGAGCAGAGUUCCAGGCUAAAAUUGACUCUAUCAAGCAAUACAUGCAAUUCCGUAAAGUAACCAAAGAUCUCGAGGCAAGGGUGAUUAAGUGGUUUGAUUAUCUCUGGACAAACAAGAAAACUGUGGAUGAAAAAGAGGUCCUAAAAAAUCUUCCAGAUAAACUGAAAGCUGAAAUUGCCAUCAAUGUCCACUUGGACACUCUAAAAAAAGUGCGCAUUUUCCAGGACUGUGAAGCUGGCCUUCUCAUUGAGUUGGUGUUAAAACUACAGCCGCAGGUCUUUAGUCCUGGAGACUACAUCUGUCGCAAGGGAGACAUUGGCAGGGAGAUGUACAUCAUCAAAGAGGGAAAACUCGCUGUGGUGGCAGACGAUGGUAUAACACAGUUUGUGGUUUUAAGUGACGGCAGCUACUUUGGGGAAAUCAGCAUUUUGAACAUUAAGGGAAGCAAGUCAGGCAACCGAAGAACUGCAAAUAUCAGAAGCAUUGGCUAUUCUGACCUUUUCUGCUUAUCCAAGGAUGACUUGAUGGAAGCUCUGACAGAGUACCCAGAUGCCAAAAAGGCUCUAGAAGAGAAAGGAAAGGCAAUUUUAAUGAAAGAUGGUCUGAUAGAUGAAGAAGCAGCAAAGCAAGGAGCUGAUCCAAAAGACAUGGAAGAAAAAAUUGAAAGACUAGAGUCAUCACUGGAUGUCAUGCAGACAAAGUUUGCCAGACUUAUAGCAGAAUAUACUGCUAGCCAGCAAAAACUCAAGCAGAGGCUUACAACUGUGGAAUCAAAAAUGAAGAAGCUUGGAAGUAGUGAUCUUUCAGACGGCAUGGACGCUGACAACGAAGAGGACAAAAAGGACAAAUAGGAUCCCCUGGGGUAAACUUUUUUUUUUAACACAUGGGCUAUAAGAAGCUAGACACAAUUGUUUUUUUUUAUAAUCUCAGGAAACCUAUUUAGAUGUAAUAUUUUUUAAAUGCUUGGUUUAGCAAAGUAUACAUUUCAGAUUUGAUGGAGUAAGUCAAGAUACCUGAAGAAAUUCACACAGUUUUCUACAUUAAAGGAACUUUCAGACUCCAGACACAACAACCGAUGACUUGCUUUCUCUGUGGUGCAAUCUGACAUGUGAUGGAGUAUCACUGUGGGUAGCUGAGCGUGUGAGAGAUGCAGAACUUGGUUGUCGGUGUUGAGGCUUGCUUUACGAGAAGCAACUGAAUGCAUUGAGUGACUUUAAGCACAUGAACAAGUGUAAUGGUCUUUCAUAGAAAAAUUGUGUUGUUUAUGCAAUAUGAGUCUUUUUUUUAAUGUAUUCCUAUUACAUGCAAGUAUAAAUUAUGUAAUAAAUAACUAUAUAUGGUUUAAAUAUAAA